GGAAGCAGAAGCAAAUAAAAAGGAAAUUCCUAUUCUCCCACCAAUCCCAUUUCCAUCAGAAUACAAACCGUUUCACGACCUUUUUUCCAUUCCAAUUCGAUUCCUUUCUCCCCUUUAAAAACCCAAUCGCUCUCUCUCUCUCUUCAUCUCCAUUCAUUCCAAAAUCCAACCUCUCUCUCUCUCUCAAUGAAGGGUCAUGGGCCUGACUCUCUUAGUCCUGAAACUAAAAUAUCAGCAGUCAUUUUGGAUUUGGAUGGGACUAUUUUGAACACAGAGAAAGCUACAGAGAGUGUUUUGGAGGAAUUCCUAGCAAAAUAUGGGAAAGAGGUGGAUCCUGGGAAGGAAGAGAACAGGUUGGGACAGAUGCAUAAUGAAUCCGCGGCGUCUAUCGUCAAGGACUACGAUCUCCCUUUGACAGCCAGUGAGUUUUCAAAGGAGAUCAUGCCUAUGUAUACGGCGAGGUGGCCGAAUGCAAAAGCACUUCCAGGUGCUAAUCGCCUUAUCAGUCAUCUCCAUAAACAUAAAAUUCCGUUUGCACUUGCUUCGAACUCCAAAAGGGAAAAUAUAGGGGAGAAACUCUCACACCAUAAAGGUUGGACAGAAUUAUUUUCAGUGAUUCUUGGAAGCGACCAAGUUAAAUCUGGAAAGCCGUCCCCUGACUUAUUUCUAGAGGCAGCAAAGAGAAUGGGUGUAGAUGCAGCGCACUGUCUGGUGAUUGAAGACUCUCUGGUUGGUGUUAGAGCUUCCAAGAAUGCUGGAAUGAAGGUAGUGGCAGUCCCAUCCAGUGUACGACUAGCUGACUGUUAUUCCAUUGCGGAUUGUGUGCUUCAUUCGCUUUUAGAGUUUCAACCCGAGUUGUGGGGUCUUCCAGAGUUUAAAGAUUGGGUGCAAAAUGCAUUGCCGAUUGAACCCUUGCACGUAAAAGGUCUACUUAGUGGAAUCCCCAAUGACAGCUCUGUGCCCCUGAGUAUAAUUCCAGACCGAGCUACAGCCGUAUCUCUUCCUGAUCAAGUUUCCGGAGUUUACUUUGGUUGGGCGAUACUUAGCACACAUGGGAUUUUCAAGGCGGUGGUGAGCAUUGGAUGGGAGCUACGUGGAGGCAUUGCUAACAGAGUAAUUCAAGCAUGUCUUCUUGGCGAAUUUGACAAGGAUAUUUCUGGUGAGCAGCUGGAAUUGUGGAUUGUUGGCUACAUCCGGCAACUGUGCAGUGAGGCAAAUGCAUCGACAGCCUUCGAAAUAUUUCCAGAAGACAAGAGUAAUGCAGAGGCAGCUCUGGAUCUUCCUAUCUUCAGCUAUGAUGAGGAUCUUCCUAUAUUCAGCUAUUAGUUGGCGCAAGAUUCUAUGUAGAACAAUGCCACCUCCAAUGAGCAUUUUCUUACUUUCUUCUAAAUGCAUGAAAGAUGUAGCAAAUUAAGCCCAUGUUUGUCUCAUGGCUAUUUCAGGAGCGGAGAGAGAAAUUUCAAUUUUGGAACUUCCUCUCUUAGUAGGAAGAGCAUUGCUUUCAUCAUUCUUGGAAAUCGAAAGCCUGAAAAUUGUGAAUUGUUUUUUCUUGGAAGCUGAGAUUGCAUUGAGAAGAUGAGGAGAUAAUGCUGUUUUGUGUUUUA